UUACACGUUAUGCUCGAUGACUACAGUAUUUUUGAGAUGCAACAUUUUGUAGAUAUAAAGUGCUAUGACAGUACACGUGUGGUACUUACUUGGCCUAAAGAUUGCAAAAAUGAUUUUAUUCAUGCAAAUUGGGUGAAACACAAACUGCUUAGCAAUAGUUUUAUUUGCACUCAGGCUCCUCAAGAACAUACAGUAUUCGAUUUCUGGCGAAUGGUUUGGCAAGAGAAAACAAAACUGAUUAUAAUGCUCUGUAAAUUAGUUGAAAAACGAAGGCCGAAGUGUUGUCAGUACUGGCCUGGAAGUAUUGGCCAAACUAUGAAGUUUGAUAACAUUGUCAUCACCAAAUUGCAAAUAGAAUAUGAAGAUGAAAGUCGUACAGUGUACCAUCAACAGUGGGCUUCUUGGCCUGACAGAAGUGUACCAAAAACACCGUUGGCUCCAUUUCGACUUCUAAAGUGUGCACGUCAGCAAAAAACUCCUGUUAUUGUACAUUGUUCAGCAGGGAUCGGUAGGACAGGAACCCUCAUUUUGGUUGAAAUGAUGUUGAGGUCACUUUACUAUACUUUGACUUAUACUGACGUCAUCCUUAAAAAAGGAAAAGUACCUGAUGCUAAAAAAUAUUUACAAAUUAUACGUAACCAACGGGCUAGAGCAGUUCAAACUGAGGACCAGUACAUCUACGCUCAUUAUGCCAUCAUUCAAAUGCUUUAUAUCAAGAAAGUGUUUACAGUUCAUGAUGUCGCUGGUGAGUAA